AUGGACCCUAGAUUGCACAUCCUGUCGGUCGGCGAAGAGCGCAUCGUCGCGACUUGUUUCGCGGACGUCAGAGACAGGGCCAACUCCCUAGCCGCUCCUCUGAUCAGGAGUCUCAGCGACAGAACGUGCACGGCCAGGGCCGUAGAGUUCCGCGACUACAUGUUCGACAAGCAGUCUCUGGAGGCCUUGAGCGAGUACCUCUCCAUAUCUACGAAGCUGGAAAGGAUAGUCUUUGGGAACGGCUGUGCUUCCGAGAUAUGCAUGGCCGGGGCCAGCUUGUCCAGAGUAAUCGGUGGGUGCGACAGGGAUGUCUUCAUAGAGGGCUCUUUGCCGAGGGCUAUGGGGCACGUGAACGUCCUCCAGGCGGCUGACCCGACCGGGCAGCGAUUGCGACAGGCGCUGCUCUCCUUCGAGCCGGAUCACUGGGCGUACGAUUGGUCUUCCGACUCGGAGACGCUGGGUCGCAUGCCUUCCGUGACAAACGGAGACUUCUUUUGGAGUCGACUGCAUCCGGAUGGCAUCCUGACCUUGAAUGUCACGGACGAGGAUAUGCUACAAGUGGAGUGGAGCGUUUGCGCGAACGAGCUCAAGAGCACGGCGCUACAAUCUGCAGACGACGUCGCCUCAUUCGCCAGGGCUCCUCGCGCUUUCGGCUCCCUAGAGAGCUUGACGGUCUCCUCGUGUGGAUCCAAGGGACUCACUUACUUCGGACGGCACCUAGCGGCGGAGACGCGCGUGAGACGCAUCCGUUCGGAGGGUCCGUUGGCGGACUCGGUGGCUCUGUUGAAGGGAUUUGAGGAAGGGCUCGUCGAGGGGAGACCCUAUGAGGCCAAGUGCACGUCGCAUCUCGCUCAUGACGGCGUGGGCGUGAGGCUCCGCAGGCUGGAGAAUCUGUGCUUCCUCAGGUGCUACCGUCUGACUCUGCACGUCCGAGUAGACGGUUGCAAUGGUUUCGAGAGGAGGCACUUCGACGAGACCAUAACGUUCCUGCUCGGGUGGUUCCCGAAGCUGGAGGCCCUGGAGGUGGACAUCGGCGGAGACUCUAUCGGCGGCCCUUACCAAGGGUGCGUCCCCAUAGGGCGCUUCGUAGCUGCGGUGCCGCGGACGUUGAAGGAGCUGCGGCUCGCUUUCGGUGGAGCGUCCACGCUCUUCUGUGCUGCGAAUCGGAUCCACGAGUUCUUAGAGGCAGCUCGAUGCCGGUUGCGGUAUCUCAGCAUCGAGGGCUGGGCGGCCGGAGCGGAGGCCCUAUCCAGCUUGAGGAACGCGUUACGGAGACGGAUGAGAGAGCUCGACGUGGGAAUCUCCCUUCUGGGUAGGAGGGACGUGCCAGAGUUCGCUCGCCUCGUCCAGAGCUUCGCUAGACCCACCCGCCCUAGCAAGCUGCUGUUGCGGAACGGCGUCCGAAGCGAGAUGAUGGGGGAGCUAGGACGAGCUCUGAGGGCAGCAGGAUGCUUCGACUACGUCUACACGUCUGCCGAUGAGAAGACGAUCACGAUCUGGCUCGCUCUGCCCGAGGAAGAAAAAGAUUGCCAAUGA